AUGGCUUGCUCGUCUCAGGUUCCGAAUGUCAGUGGCAGUGCGAUCAAAGUGAAGCCCGGUGUUGACAUUUGGAAUCCCAAUGUGUCAGUGGAGCAGCUUUUUGAAGGAGAAGUCAAAGGCCGACUUCUACUCGACAAGCUGUUUGAGUUGUACCAGGUUGGUGAAGGAAGGAAAACAUUGCGCUUCUUCAAGGACGGCACUGAAAACAAUCACAACAUCCCAUUCAGUGAGAAGCCCAAAAACUUGGCUCGCCAUAUGGAGUACAAUCCCAGACACCAAGCAGGGGUCAAGAUGCAGUACGUGAAAAGUGUGAAAGCUCGGGGAAUUGUGGAAUCAGUUCGUGGUGAAUGCUGGGCCAUUGCUCCUGCCGAAAACGAUGGUCGACCCGCUCCAUACCUCCUACUAUCAUGUGCGUCCCUGGUGGAAGCAUACUACACGGCGAUCGCUGAGGAGCCCAACAACGAGAACCUGAUUGCGACUGCCAAAAAAGGCAUGGAAGCGAGGGUGCUGUCGAUUCGCACGCCAGCAUCGGUCUGUCGUUAUCUGACGACUCUCCGCAAUCAGUUCCACCACGGCGCCAGCACAAAUUUUCUGGAGCUCAUUCGCAUCGCGCCGCAGGUUGACACGGCACUUGCAGUCUGGAAGCACAACCAGGGGCUCACAUGGAAGGUGGAGAACUAUGAGUCCAAAUGUGCAAACUAUGUGAAGACCCACCCUGAGUUUGGGGAGGUUUUUCCUGAUUGGAGGCUUUUUGAAGGUGCACGUGGGUGUCACCAAGUCCUUGUUACGAAACGUGGUCAAAGCUUCUUCGACAACAUGUGGGACGAGUUUGGACAGACUGUUGACUUCAUGCAUGGUCGACUGGCCAACACGGUGGUGCUUCAGUGCAUGCAACAUGUAGCAACGUCGAUCAUUCAGACGAUCUAUGACGGCAUGUCUGAGUCCGACGUGAAUCUACUACUCAUGGAAUGCUUGCAGCUGUGUGUUCCACAACUGGGGGAUGAUGAUGACAGGGCUUGGGUGUUUGACUCUGUGCCGAAGAAACAAUUGGUUCACCGAUUGUUUACAGCAAUGAAUGGAUCCGUGACAGCUGUUGGGGGCAAGACCGAUGGAGCCACCAACACCCGAAAGCGAAAGGCUUCUGGUAAUGCACCCAAGGCCAAGGCCAAAGCCAGGAGAACCCCUGCAGGAUCAGCUGCACAGGGCGCUGGGGCAAAUGAGCCCGACGUGAACAUUCCAAGCGAUCCCCGGUUGAAUGUUACUACCAUUGACUGCCAAUACGGUGUGCGCAACAAACUCUGGCUCGAUGACCUCAUGCAGUGCGCGUCACACACUGUCAGCAGCCUCCAGUCGCAGUUUGGCAACUUUCUUGAUGCAGAGACACUCGACAAGACCAAGGUCGGCAUCAUUCGUUUGGGGUUACGCUUUGCCUUCUGUGGAGACGUCACCGUGACAACCAAGAAGGGCACCAAGAAGUAUUCCAAGUGGUCACUCCUUCGACCUGCUUUGCAAGCUCAUGGCGUAUAUCUUGUGACACAGGUGCUGAAGCAGCACAUGGCCGAAAUCAUCCAAACGGGUGCAAGCGACUCUCAUCAAGACCAUGCUCAGUUACAAGAGUUGACUUCUGACCCGGCAGUCAUGUUCAGCGACAAGACGGUGUCCAUGAACGACAAGCUCAUCAGGUUUGCGGCUGCCUUGGACGGUUGGUUCAGAAAUGAGCCAACAAAGAUCUUGUCAACACCACAGCCUUUGAGGGUUUCAGAUCAUGCUUCCUUUGGCCAGCUGAAGGCAACACAGCUGACUUCUUGCACAUGUAGUGCGACCACAGGUGCUGCAACAUCACAAGCGCAGUCAGCUUGCAUGUUUCAUUGCUCUGACCCGGACCUCAAGGAUGUGCUGUAUCAAGUGUGUCGAUGUGUGCAUUCUACCUUCUCUGAUUCGUGGGCAUGCUUUGUGAACAUAUUCCUCGAAUCUUGUAUUUCAGGUUGGGCUGCUCCAACAGGACUUGAGCAAUACCAGCUUGAGGCCAAGCAUGCAAGGCCUCUUUCAUCUAUGCGAGCAACAUACAUGAUCCAGCUGCUGGUGGACUUGUGUGCAAAGACCGCCAAAAGCACAACGUGGGCAAACCUGUUCGCUCGUCUUGAUGAAAGAGAGACACAGUCAUCCUUGGUGACUCUGGACUCAUGCUCCAUCAACGGAUUGCAAGAGUUCUGCUCUAUGUGGAGUGAAGCUCUUGAAUGUCUAGCCCGAUCAUCAGCAGCAAACCCCGUGGACCUGCCAGCAAUCCUCGCCAAAGCAGAAGUGAAACCAAUGACAAAGGAGGCAAUCAAACUUUCCGGCAAGACAAGUUCCACCAAUCCUGAUGAUGCGGCGGCAGAAGACAACGCGGAAUCUCCAAGUGUGUUUUCUGUGAAGGAGCUUGCUGAAUUUGGCCAGAGUGAUCUAGUACCGGCCGCCGAUCAACUGUUUCAACUUCGCUGGAUGAUUUCAGCAAAGCUCACGGAAGCAGCAAGGACAACCACCGAUGCAAACUGGGACAAGCUGUCACUGAACAUCACGACGAGUGAAUCCAAGGGAAAAUCAACUGAUGCGGUGAGCCUUGAUGUUGAGAUUCUCUACCAGCUCACAGCUGCUGAUGAAAUCAUGGUCAGUCCGGUCGACGAGAAUGUGCGAUACUGGAAAGCCACCAACUUGACUUUGGUCUUCUUUGGUGACAUCGGUGAGUACAUUGAUGAGAAUGCGAGCGGACCUGCGGGAAAGGCGGUUGCGCCACGAUGUCCGCAGAAACCGGUCACAUACCACGUCCUUGUGCCAAACGAAAGUGGCUUUUGCUAUGUGAAGCGUAUCGGCGACACAGAGUAUGCAAUGCUACGUCGAGGUCUCUUGCCAGGCGAAUGCUUCAAGACAAAGAAAAGCAAGGCAGCGGGGUCAGCAGCAGCACCAAAAGCGGAGCCCAAGUUGAACACCAUCGGACCCCUGGCCUGCUUCCAUCGUAAGAACUCUUCAGACACGACGCAAGGACUAUUGACACACAACUUGAGCCACUCUGAGGUCUUGCAAAACAUGCAGGACUUCAAAGAUAUGGAGGACAUGGCGCAGCCAGCCUUCACCCUUGCGCCAGUGCCCUCACCGGCAGCGCCGGCAGCGCACGCGCUUAGCGUGCGCGGCAACGCGCUGUCGACUGCGGCAGCAAGGGCCAGGUCGGAGUCGGAGGCAACUUCAAGGUGGCCCCUCUUACUUUGCCUUGGUGCUGUGGCGCCAGUUUUGGUUGGCCGAAGACAGAGGAGGAUAGCAAGAGGACGCACUGCGUGUGCGGCAAAGGCUCGAAAGAUCCUCUACAGAGAAGACGGCCGGAAACAGUUGCUGCGGGGCAUCGACAAAUUGGCCGAGACCGUCGCCGUGACGCUGGGGCCAAGGGGUCGCAACGUGCUGCUGGACAAGGGCGAAUUUUCCGCUCCACAGAUUGUGAACGAUGGUGUGACGAUUGCAAAGGAAAUCGAACUGGAAGAUCAAGUGGAAAACACCGGGGUUCAGCUGAUCCGUCAAGCCUCCGCCAAGACCAACGAGGUCGCUGGAGAUGGGACCACGACGGCAACCAUUUUGGCGCACGCCAUGGUCAAGAGUGGCAUGAAGCAGCUGGUGGGUGGUGCCAACCCUGUGCAAGUGAAGCUGGGAAUGGAGAAGGCAGCCGGCUACAUAGUGCAGAGAAUUGAAGAGAUUGCUGUGCCUGUGAGCGAUACGGACAUGCAAAAGAUCAAACAGGUUGGCUCCAUCUCUGCGGGCGGCGAUGACGAGGCUGGCCAAAUGAUCGCUGACGCCAUGGAAAAGGUGGGUGGCAGUGGUGUGAUCUCCUUAGAAGAGUCACAGUCCACGGACACUGAAGUGGAGUUGACAGAAGGCAUGAAUUUAGACAAGGGAUAUCUUUCUCCUUACCUCUGCCUCGAUGCGGCGAAUCCCACGCGAAGAGUCUGGGAAUCGAACAACCCGCUGGUUCUGGUGACUGACCAGAAGAUCUCGAUGGCUCAACAGGAGCUGAUUCCCAUCCUGACCCUUGCGAAGCAGAUGUCAAAGCCACUUCUGAUCAUUGCCGAGUCCAUCGAAAAGGAGGUCCUGGCGACGCUGAUCGUGAACAAGAUCCGAGGAAUUGUUGAUUGCUGUGCUGUUCAGGCGCCUGGCUUCGGAGACAAUCGGAAAGCCAUUUUACAGGACAUCGCCUUGGUGACCAGUGCCACGUACAUUACCGAUGAUCUUGGCAGAAAGUUGGAGAGUGUCACUGCAGAAGACUUUGGUUCUGCCAGACGAAUCACUGUUGGCAAGGACUCCACCACCAUCGUGGCGGACGCUCCCAAGGAGGCACUGGAAGAGCGGUGCUCGCAGAUCCAAAGGCAGAUCGAAGACACCAAGAGCUCCUAUACCAAGGAGCAACUGGAGAAGAGAUUAGCGAAGUUGGUCGGGGGAGUCGCCUUGAUCAAGGUGGGUGCAACCACUGAGACCGAACUGAAGGACAAGAAACUGAGAUUAGAGGAUGCCAUCAACGCGACCAAGGCUGCGGUCGAUGAAGGCAUCGUUCCUGGUGGCGGUGCGGCCUUGUGUCAUUUGUCCAAGGAUUUGCGCCAGUGGGCUGCCGAACAUCUCGCAGAGGACCAGCUGAAGGGUGCGGUCAUUGUGGCGGAGUCCAUGACUGCCCCAAUGAAGCGCAUCGCGGAGAACUCGGGGCAGAAUGGAGAUUUGGUGGCUGAGAAGG